CUGGGGUCGGAGUCGGAGUCGGCUUGGAGUCGAAUCAAGCUCGCAACGGGCUCGGGUUGUGCUGGGAUCAGGCUCCGGCCGGGCACGGGCGAGACUGGGACAGGGCUCGGAUCAGGCUGGCAUCGUGCUCGGAUCGAAUUAGAAUCGAGCCCUGGUCGCGCUGGGAUCAUGCUCGGAUCAGGCACGAGACAGACCUGGAUCAGUUCAGGAAUGGCUCGGAUCGUAACGGAUCGGGGUCGGGUCGGAUUUACACCCGAAGCUGGUCGUGUACAGAUUGAUCUCGGCUCGAUCACGGAUCGAAUUAGAAUCGAGCCCUGGUCGCGCUGGGACCAUGCUCGGAUCAAGCACGAGCUUGGACUGGACUCGGAUCAGCCUCCGGUUAUUCUUGGAUUGGGCCCGGAUCAAAGAAGUGUUAGACACGGAUCAGACUCGGAUCGUGCUCAGAUCGAAUUAGAAUCACGCCCUGGUCGCGCUGGGACAUGCUCGGAUCAAGCACGAAUUAGAACCGGAUCACUUCUGGAAUGGUAUCGGAUCGAGCUCGCAGUGCAUUCAGAUCAUACUCCAGUCGUGCCUGGAUUAGGCUCGGAUCGAGCGGAGGCUAGAUCCGGAUCAGGCUCUAAUCGGGCUAGUAUCGGACUCGAAUUGUGUUCAGGCUUGGACUGGACUCGGAUCAGCCUCCGGUUAUUCUUGGAUUGGGCCCGGAUCAAAGAAAAGCAGGUCGCGUACAGAUUGAUCUCGGCUCGAUCACGGGUCAGAUCGGAUCAGGCUCGGGUUGGACUUGGAACAUGCUCCGAUCGAGCUUGCUUUGGGCUCGGAUCAGGCUGGCAUCGUGCCCGGAUCAAAUUAGAAUCGGGCCCUGGUCGCGCUGGGACCAUGCUCGGAUCAAGCAAGAGUUAG